AUGGCAGCACCUGGCGGAGCCAGCGAAACUCUGAUGCAGCAAAUUGUCCGGCAGAACCAGCAGAUGGCAGAGCAAAACGCGCGGUUGGUGGUUUUGCUGGAGCGAUUCGGCUUUCAAGAAGGCUCCGGAUCCGGCCGAUCUUCAAGCAACCCGGAAUCCAUCAUCGAAUCUCUGGCAUCAAACAUCCACGAGUUCUCCUACGACCCGGACAAUGGCCAAGUUUACUACCGGUGGUAUCGCAAGUACGAGGAUCUCUUCCUAAAGGACGGUGCGAAAUUGAACGAUGCAGCGAAGGUAUGUUUGCUCCUGAGAAGCUUCAGUGUCAACGUUUUCGACCGUCACGUCAAUUUCGUGCUUCCGAAACAUCCCCGUGAGUUUACCUUCGAGGAAACUGUCAAGAAACUCAAGGAAUUGUUCAGCGUCCAGAUUUUGCUCUUCAGCAAACGGUGCCAAUGCUUCCAGCUGGCGAAGAACGAUGCGGACGAUUAUGUGACUUACGCGGGAAAAGUCAACAAGACCUGUGAAGAUUUUGAACUGAACAAGAUAACUUCAGAUCAGUUCAAGAGCUUGGUUUUCAUUUGCGGACUUCACUCAACGAAGGACGCGGACAUCCGGACGCGGCUACUCUCGAAGCUUGAAACGAACGUCGACGAAGAUUGCAAACUCGAAUCGCUCAUCACGGAAUGUCAACGUCUUCAAAAUCUCAAGCAUGAUACCGCUAUGGUGGAACAUACUUCGAUCAGCUCCGUCUGCGCAGUCAAACAGAAGAAGACUCAAUCGAACCCAUCUGGACCGAAAACCAAACCUAGUAGUGGCAAAUCAAGCACCGCGAAGACACCCUGUUGGCAGUGUGGUGGCAUGCACUUCGUUCGCGAUUGUUCGUUCUCCAACCACGUUUGUAAGGACUGCAAGCAAACCAAACAUAUGUUAGUAGUGAGUCCCGGCGGUCGGCGGAAGUUCCUAACCGUGAAGAUCGAUGGAUCAGAAGUGACGCUGCAGUUUGACAUGGCUUGGGACAUCACCAUCAUCUCUCAGAAAAUCUGUAACAAAUGUCUUGGAUCCCCUCAACUACUUUCCACAUCAAGAGCAGCAACAACAGCGUCUGGCAAGCCUCUUCAGCUUCUUGGUGAACUUCAUAGCGCAAUCACACUAGGAGGUGUCACCAAACCAGGAAAACUUUACGUGGCCAGCAACAAUCUUAACCUGUUUGGCCUGGAAUGGAUCGAUUUGUUUAGACUGUGGGACAAGCCAUUGUCGGCGAUCUGCAAUCAAGUUCACGCCGAUCAACCCAACCAAGGUUUAGGACACUGCACAAAAACCAAGGUACGCCUGUUCCUGAAACCCGAAGCUAUGCCAGUCUACAAACCGAAACGGCCUGUACCAUUCACAUCCGUGGAGAAAGUCGAUGCAGAACUGGACCGUCAACAACUGGGUAUCAUCAUUCCGGUUGAAAUUUCCAGUCUACGAUCAUUCUUUGGUGCGGUGAAUUUCUAA